AUUCUAUAUUACAUUCACUUUUAUAUACUUUAUACAUAUUCAACUGUGUAUAUAAAUAUAGCGUAAAAUGGUACUUACAAGUGAAGAAGUUAAUAUCAUUGUAUAUAAAUAUCUACAAGAAUCAGGCUUUCGACAUACAUCUUUUGCUUUCCAAUACGAAAGUCAAGUAGAAAAAUCAACUUAUCGAGAUGCUCAGAUACAGCCUGGUGCGCUCAUCAACAUUAUUCAUAAGGGUUUACAGUUUAUGGAAAUCGAAGCUCAUAUGAACGAGGAAGGUGAAUUAGUGGAGUGUAGCGUGCCAUUUUCUUUACUAGAACCUCACCAUUGCGAAUUAACUGGAAAUACAUUCAACAGCGAACCUGUGACGACCAUGAAACCACCACCACCUACUUCUUCAGCAAAACGACAACGUAAAGAAGAGAAAAAGCAAAAAGAUAGAGAGAAGCGAGCCAGAAAAGAAACGAUAGAAGAAGAGACAGAGGAUCGUAUCAAAGAAGAAACGAACGGUUCGUCUUUUAAAGAAGAAGAAUCUGUAAAAGAAGAAUCAACUACAAUCAAAGAAGAGAGUGUCACUGUACUCAAAGGACACCAAAGCGAAGUAUUUUCGUGUGCUUGGAAUCCAGUGUUACCUUCUCUUUUAGCUUCUGGUUCUGGAGAUGCUACAGCUAGAUUGUGGAAUGUUCCAGCAAACAAAGAAGAACCAGUGGAACCUAUUGUAUUAAACCAUUUGCCCAACUUGAAUGACAAUAAGGAUGUUACUACACUUGAUUGGAAUCCAUCCGGAACAUUAUUAGUUACUGGAUCAUAUGAUGGACAAGCAAGAAUUUGGACUCAAAAGGGACAAUUGCGAUUUGUGAUGGGACAUCAUAGUGGACCUAUUUUCUCUUUAAAAUGGAAUAUGCGAGGUGAUCUCGUAUUGAGUGGUAGUGCAGACACAACAACCAUUGUUUGGGAUCCUGAAACAGGCGAAAUGAAACAACAAUUUGAUAUCCAUAGCUUGGCUAUUUUGGACGUCGAUUGGAUGGAUAACACAACAUUUGCUUCAUGUUCUUCUGAUAAAACGAUCUAUGUCUGUAAAGUAGGAUCAACAAAACCACUUAAGAAAUGGGUAGGCCAUGAAGAUGAAGUCAAUGCUGUCCGCUGGGACCCUUCUGGUCAGUAUUUGGCUUCUUGUUCAGAUGAUAUGACUACCAAGAUCUGGAGCAUGUCCUCAGAUGAGCCUGUUCGAGAGAUUAAAGGACACAGCCUACAGAUCUACACAAUACAAUGGGCACCCUAUUCGAAUAAUUCACCGAGAAUACUUGCUACAGCUAGUUUUGAUGCUACUGUGCGUCUUUGGGAUGCACUUAAAGGCACUUGUCUUCAUGUCUUGAAGAAUCAUAGUGAGGCUGUCUAUUCCAUCUCUUUCAGCCCUGAUGCUCGUUUAUUGGCCUCUGGUAGUUUCGAUGAAGUGUUAAAUGUGUGGGAUACAAAGGAUGGUACUCUCAAGAAGACUUUCAAGGCAAAUGGUGGUAUAUUUGAAGUACAUUUUAACAAGAAUGGUGAUAAAAUAGCAGCAUGUACUUCGAAUAAGCAAGUAGUGAUUGUCAACAAUAUUAAACCAUAGUUAUUAUUCUUAUUUAUAAAGUCACAUAUAAAAAAAAAAGUUGCAUAAAAAA